GCAUAAGGUAUCCAUGGUAACAACGGAGCUGCGGGAAAAGUCUGCCUUAAAGCGCCAGGCAUGUGCCACUGAGGGCGUCCCCCUGCUCGCUCCACAACAAACUGCCCCGUGCUGCUCUUAAGGUGGACCGACAUAGAUGCGCCCUCUGAAUGGGCAGAGUCAGUCACUCCCUGGACAGGAUCUUAAAGUAAUCCUUUUGCGAAGGGAUUUACCUUCAAACAAAUGUUGCAAAAAGUCAGUUCACAAGCAGCUAUAGUUAUUCAGAUCAUCCUGGAUGGGAAGAGGCCAAGGAAGCAGCUGGUGCAGUAAGAGGACUAAGACGUUGGCUUGAAAAAAAUCAAUGAGAAGCCCUGCAGCAAUAAAGAUGGAGCGCAACCAUUGAAACCCUGAAGAGGAAGGCAGAGGAUUGUCAGGAGCAACAGACUGUGGCUGUAAAUCAACAAAAAUGGGUCUCUCAGCUUUUCUUUUCGUCGCUCUAACUGCAUCCCUCUGUUCACUUGGAAGUCUCACUCAGACUUUGGACUCAGUGGCUGCCUCUGAUACUGUCGCAAUACCUCAGAGUACAGCUGGAAACACUGACAGGCUGAAAAAUGUAGCCGGCAGAGAUGCAUUUGGUUCAGAGAGCCUUGUGGAGGGCAGCGGACAGACUGCUGACAUCCUGACUUUACUGGAGCUCAGCAACGAGGAGACUGCAGUCCAAAAGGAGUCUGAGCGACCGAGGAAUGAAAACCACUCAGGGACUGGAAUCACAUUAAGCACAAGACCAGCACUAAGUGUCUACAGCUCAGGAGCUCACAACCAAGGAGCAGACAAAAGUAAAGAUUCAGUUGCAGGAUCUGAGCGCUCCACUGUGUUCUCUGAGGACGCCCCUUUGGAUGGUGGUGAUGACUUGCAGAAAGGUGAAGACCACUCCAGAAUCCCAGUCCAAACCAGUGUGUUUACCUUCAUGAAUGAUCCCAGCCUGUCGAGACCAGAAAGCCCCUGCGUGCUCGGCGUCUCGCCUUGCACGAUCUUUAACAGCUUCAAUGGCACCAGCCUGCUGUGGGGUGACAUGAGCCGCACCCUGGCAUUUGCUUGGGAGCUGCAUGUCUUUGGAUCUGCAAGCCUUUUCGUGUUGAUGACAGCUCUGGCGGUUUUGGGAAUUGCUGGAGCGUGCACUCUUCCUCAUACCCUUUGUGAUACCCUCACGCUUUCUAAUAGUUUCCUUGCUGUAGCAGGUGCUAUGCGCACAACCCUCCUUCUCGUCGAUCCGUACGGUACCCGUCAGAUCCUGCCUCAUGCUACUCUGGCAGCUCUACAUAAUAUUCCUCUGCAGCUUCUUCUGUGGACACAGGGUGUCCUCGCUCUUGUCACGCUCCGAGGGAUAAAAGUAACAUCUCUCCCUUCAAAGCUGCAGUCCCCGUGGGUGGUUGGAGUAGUUGGUGUAUCGCACUGCACUUUCUUACUUUUAGCUGAUCUGUACUCUUCAACUUUGCCCCCAGCUUUUCCUCUUUUGUUGCAGACCAUCUCCCUUUGCUGGGGUAUCCCUAUCUGCCUGGGAAUCCUCACCAAGUCCCUCUCCCAUUCACAACCUUUCUCCAGAUCUGCUGUCCCACAGUGGGUUCCCUCUCAGAGGACAAACAGGCUCGGAAAGCGAGUAACGGCUGUGUGCGCCUUCCUUGGUGUGCUCUGUUGCAGCAUUCAGAUAUACAGUGUUCUUUGGCUCUACGGGCUUCUGGGGAACUGGAGGCGCUUUAGCUGGGGUUGGUGGGUCAGUCAGUUCUGGGCCAGGAUUUUUGAGUUAGCAUGGGGAUUCUCUCUCCUUGUUCUUGGAUCUUGGGUCUUCUGGACGCCAUCUAACGGCCAAGGAAGAGGCGUUGAUUUACAGGGUAGAGAUAAUGGCUCUAAAAAGGAAGUAAAGAAAAGCUUGUGGCAAAGAGGUUUGGUUUGCAUGCAAAGAGGCCUGAGGGGAAAAUCAGAGAAAUCCUUGGAAGAUUUGAUGCCAAACAACAUUGCAAAGCAUAACAUGUCCAGACCUGGUGUCAGCAAUAAUGCACUGCUUGGUGAUAAGCAGGCUCCCUCUAAACUGGACUAUAGUUCUGAUCCUGUUAGCAUCAGCAGUUCUGACUCUCAGACUGCGCUGCUGUGGCAGAAAGUUGGUGAACGAGAAUGUGUCCUCUCACUUAUUGAGUUCGACAUGCGACCCCCGUCUCCCAUCAACCUCAGGCUCAGCAUUGACAACGCCCUUUAUCACGGGCAGCUCAUAGCUGGGGCUGUCUUCACGCCUCCCCCUCCCUCUUGGACUCAAAGUUUGGGCACAGAUGGAGAGAGAGGACCAACCACAUUUCCUCCAGCCUACGUCGGAUACGGGUGGAUGUUGGAUACAGAGUCCAUUUCUGCAUCUUUAGACCAUUUCCAGGCCAAGGAAUCAGCACAGUCAGUAAAUGCCACACCAGAUUUUAAUAGCAGGAUUGGAUCUCCAGCUGCUGAACCAACUGGAGAGCAAUUUUCAGGAGCGAUGCUCCAAAAUGACUGGUCUGAUGACGACGUUACCGAUCUCUAGGCUCAUUAGGGUAGUGUUUAAAAAUGCAAAAUAAUUUUUUUUAAACCCACAAUGUUAUGCUGCAUUAAGUAUAAAACUGUCACAAAAGAUGGUUUCCUGCAAGUGUAACUAUUCAACUUUGAAUUAAAACUUUGCUAAUUUUUAGGGAAGGCCAGUUUGGUUGUAAUUAUAACGUCAAUAUUUCUAUAGAUUCUUAAUUUAUUCUCUGAAGUCUUUUCUGGUGUGUAUUUAUUUUAGGACACAAUCUGAAAGAAGAGCAAAGUACAAACCCAGACUGGAUUUUUGCAUUAAUAUGACAGUAAAACAGCUUUAGUUGAUGUUAUGUAGAACAGAUGAGUUGUUUUUUUAUUAAGGUCCACCAUAUUUCUACACUUUUGUAUCAGAUCUGUUUAGUUAUAAA